CAGAACCACACACAACAUGGCGACAUACAGAGAAGCGCAGUUCAAUCAGAAGUAGUCUAGUCCAUGUACAAAGAACCAACUAACAACAGUGUGCUCAUUGACCCGACACCGAUGCCCAACAGCAUCCCUCACGUCGACGAAGUAGGCGCUUCCUCUGCUCCUCUCAAGUCGGUCUCCUUCUUCAUCGGUGCUAAAUGCGGUGCCUACAACGAUGAUUUCAUGCUCUGCAAGGCAGAAAACGCCGGCAAGGACGAAGCGCCGUGCCUGGCUGCCGGUAGAAAAGUCACCCGAUGCGCGAGCGGUGUAUUGGAACAAGUCCAAGCAUCGUGCAAGGAAGCGUUUGAAGCGCACUGGAAGUGUUUGGAUCAGCGAAAUCAGGAGUUUCACCAGUGUCGGCCGGCUGAGCAUGCGCUCAACAAGUGUGUCUUUCAAAAGAUGAACAUUCAAAAGGUGGUGCCUGGAACACGCGAGGGCAAUGAGCCAUGGGAUAAGAAGAAGCCCAUUUACAAGCCCUUUAAGGAAGACCCAGCGGGCCUCUACAUGCAAAAGAAGAUGGAUGCUUAG